GUUCACAGUGACUGAGAGUGGGGGGAGACAGAGUCAGAGAGAAAAAUGUUUUUGAGAUGUAUCCACUAACAAUCUCUCGUGGCUUUCCCCCCGAGUAUUAUUAAGGAGUGACCUAGAGAAGUUAGUGACCUGGGUAACUCGUGCGAGCGUUUUUUCUUCCACCACUUGGAAAAAUAUGACGUCUUCGUCAGCUGAUUGCUCAUCAAGAUCUUUUCCAGGCCAGCAUACAGUCUUUUGAUCCCUCAAGUGUCGUACCAAAACAGCUGAGGAUGUCCAAACUUCCAUCAUUCUUCAUGCCAGCUGAAUGGGCUCCGCAUGCACGCACAAUUCUAGCAUGGCCGAGCCUGAGAAAUCCCACCUUCUUGACCUCCCAGUCCAUAGCAGCUGCGACAGACGAAAUAUCAUCUAUCGCAGAGGCAGUGGCACAGUUCGAGCCUGUCACCCUCAUUGUCAGCAGAGAGCGUCUUUUUGCGGCUCAGGAGAGAUUCAGAAACGUCUCCUGCAAGCACAAAGUCCAAUUACAUCCCGUCGCCGGCAAUGGGCUGAACAUCUGGAUGAGAGACAUUGCACCCACAUUCGUGGUCAGCAGCCAAAGACCCGGAAAUUCGAGCGAGCAGGUGCCCCAGAACAGUCCCCUGCUGCGCGGUGUUGACUUCAACUUCAACGGUUGGGGAAAUCGACAUCCAACCGAGACAUGCUCCGCCUUAGCCCAGAUGUUGCUCCACGACACCCAUACAGAACGAAUCCGGGCUAGCAUCGUCACAGAAGGAGGUGCGCUUGAAGUUGACGGGGAAGGCACCCUACUAGCCACCGAGAGCUCGAUGAUAAACGAGAACCGGAAUCCAGGCAAGACACGCGAGGACAUCGAGACCGAGCUCCGGCAUCAACUUGGCAUCUCCAAAAUCGUCUGGGUUCCUGGCAUCAGAGACGCUGAAAGCACCGACUGCCACAUAGAUGCUCUGGUGCGGUUCGCACGGCCCGGAUUUGUGCUCCUCAGUCGACCGACUGGCGUGCGAGAGGGGAUCUGGAUGCGCGUCUACGAAGAGACUCGAGAUAUUCUUCGCCGGUCGCGUGAUGCCAGGGGGCGGCCUAUCGAGAUUAUUGACAUUCCGGAGCCCGACCUAAGCCGGCUAGACCUCGGUCAUGAUGUGUUGGCGACUGUGGAAAACGCGGAUCCCUUGUCGCCAGUGAUGAGUUAUGUCAACUAUUACCUUCCAAAUGAUGGGGUAGUUGUCCCUCAAUUUGGGGAUGAGGAGGCCGAUGAUGCUGCUGCAGAGAUCCUACAAAGCGUGUUUGGUCCUACCAGGCAAAUCGUGCGGGUUUACAUCAAGGAGUUGCCAAUGCAGGGCGGGGGGAUUCAUUGUGCUACACAGCAGGUUCCUUUCCACGGGUUAGAGGGGGUGAAGGACGGGACAUUGUAAAAGUGACAGUUGACUUCACUCAAUGUCACUAUGCAGCUGCGAAGUCAUAAAUGAUUAGACAUUAUGCGUGCCAAACUUGGCAUCGGCGAUGCUCUCCACGCGGGCGUAUAUGUUUUUGAAGUAUAGCUUCUUGAGAAUGCUCGCUUCAGCCGAUCGGCCAUGUCUUCGGGAUCGAGUCGACCUUGUUGAGCAGUGUGGACAGUUCUGUGCGUAUCUCCUCCAACUUAGAAUCGCCCAUCGAUAUCUCAUCGACCACUUCCUUCUAGAGUCGCGCUCGAUCGCCUGGUGAACUCCCAUAAGCUCUUCCGUACUCUCCAAGGACAAACCGAGUCCUCCUUCUUCCCUCGCAGCAAGCUUAGAGUUGGCAGACGACUGUUCUUCACUAUGUACCCCUCAGUGUGAUGUGAGGGAAUGGUGGACAGUCAGAUUGUCUUACUUGAGGUGAGUGACAGCUGCAAAAGCACUUCCAGGAGGAGAG